UCUUUGAUGCAGAAGCCAGGUUUCCUGUGGUUGCUUAGGAUCGAUAGCCUUUAGCAUUAUCUGAAGACAACGACAGCUGACGAAGAGGAGGGAGGAACAGACGAGCGUGAAGGAGCAGCGUUUUUACCUUGCUUUAUAUAUGAAAAGGCCAAAGCAGUCUGUGCGAUCCUGAGCAUAUCUGACCUAUAAAGCAAGGUAUUUCUUGUUUUCUUCUUCCAAAAGCCCUUCUUCUUAGUUCUUUUUUCCCUGUUGUUGUCGUACCAGCUGAGUCAUCAUGUCUGCUCUGACGCCUCAAAGCGACAUGCCAACCCCCACCACCGACAAGAUCACUCAGGCUGCCAUGGAGACCAUCUAUCUUUGCAAAUUCCGAGUGUCCAUGGACGGAGAAUGGCUCUGCUUGCGCGAGCUGGAUGACAUCUCGCUGACCCCCGACCCAGAGCCUACCCAUGAAGAUCCUAAUUAUCUCAUGGCUAAUGAACGCAUGAACCUGAUGAACAUGGCAAAACUGAGUAUCAAGGGGUUGAUCGAAUCAGCACUUAAUCUGGGCAGGACGCUGGACUCUGACUAUGCACCUCUUCAGCAGUUCUUCGUUGUGAUGGAGCAUUGCCUUAAACAUGGCUUGAAAGCUAAAAAGACUUUUCUUGGGCAAAAUAAGUCAUUUUGGGGACCUUUAGAACUAGUAGAAAAACUUGUUCCUGAAGCUGCAGAGAUUACAGCAAGUGUUAAGGAUCUCCCAGGUCUGAAGACACCUGUGGGUAGAGGAAGAGCUUGGCUUCGCCUUGCUCUAAUGCAGAAGAAACUUUCAGAGUACAUGAAAGCCUUGAUUAACAGAAAGGAUCUUCUCAGUGAAUUUUAUGAGCCUAAUGCACUGAUGAUGGAAGAAGAAGGUGCAAUCAUUGCUGGCCUCCUCGUAGGUUUGAAUGUCAUUGAUGCAAACUUCUGCAUGAAAGGAGAAGACCUGGAUUCACAGGUUGGAGUUAUUGAUUUCUCAAUGUAUUUGAAAGAUGGAAACAGCACAAAAGGCAGUGAAGGAGAUGGUCAGAUAACUGCUAUUUUGGACCAGAAGAAUUAUGUAGAAGAACUCAAUAGGCACUUAAGUGCUACAGUAAACAACCUGCAGGCUAAAGUGGACGCCUUAGAAAAGUCCAACACUAAAUUGACUGAGGAGCUUGCUGUUGCAAACAACAGGAUUAUUACACUGCAAGAAGAGAUGGAACGAAUUAAAGAAGAAAGUUCUUACAUCUUGGAGUCCAAUCGUAAGGUCGCUAAAGACAGAACUGCAGAUGGACAGGCACUGACUGAGGCACGGAAACAGUUAAAGGAGGAGACUCAGCUGCGGCUGGAUGUGGAAAAGGAACUGGAGGCACAGAUUGGGAUGAGACAGGAGAUGGAGUUAGCCAUGAAGAUGCUGGAGAAAGAUGUCUGCGAGAAGCAAGAUGCACUGGUGGCACUCAGACAGCAACUGGAUGAUCUCAGGGCCCUGAAGCAUGAACUGUCUUUCAAGCUGCAGAGUUCAGACAUGGGAGUGAAACAGAAGAGUGAACUGAAUAGCCGUUUAGAAGAAAAAACAAAUCAGAUGGCUGCUACCAUCAAACAGCUUGAACAAAGAUUGCGGCAGGCGGAGAAAGACCGUCAGUUGGCACAGCAGGACAACCGUCUCUUCAAGCAGGAGUUUGGGGACAAAAUCAACAGCCUCCAGCUAGAAGUGGAAGAGCUCUCCAGGCAGCGGAGCCACCUUGAAAUCGAACUGAAGCGGGAAAGAGAGAGAUGGUCGCACAGUCACCAAAGCAGCCAAGGAAGCAGAAAAGGCCCAAAGAAUUGGUUAAAACCGGAUGGGAAGCUCAAAAUCCAAGAGGAAAAUGCCAAACUGAAACAGCCCCCGAGAGAGGAAAACAGUGUCCUGCCAAAUAAGUUACAGAGCAGCACUCAGGAGGAGCAGAAUAUCUGCAAGAACUGUGGUGGUAUCUUCUGUGAAGCCUGUUCAGCAAACGAGCUGCCCCUCCCGUCCAGUAUUAACCCAGAGCGUGUCUGCAAUCCCUGUCACAAGCAACUCAUCCAGCAGUAUUCCAACAGUCCCUUGUAGGAGGCAGGCUGCAGAGUGUGGUGAGACCAUAAAUUGUUGUAGCAGGUGAUUGUCUCUGGAGCUGUUCAAGGGGAAUUUGAAGACGCUUACCUGUGUUGUUUGGAGGGGGAAAGCAGCUUUGUGCUGUUUUAGUCAAGAGACUGCAAACAGAACACCCUGAGCUUCCCCUCUACAAAAAUCUGCCAGCUCUCUGACCUGGGCUUGUGCUGAGGAGAACUGCUUGAGGAAUGUCACAUCAAGUGGCUGUAAGGCGUGAUCAGGCAGCCUUAGGAUGCUGCAAGAACAGAGCCCCCACCCAAGAAAGAGCCAUGUGUCUGUGUAUGCAAGGCAGGAGUGUGUCAAGUGAGGGCAUGCUGCUGCUAAGCAAUGGCUCACUAAAAGCAAAAUGAGAGCAUUUUCUAAUCCUCAUGUCUGGCUGCACUUGAAACACCAUUUCCCCUUUUCCUGCUGUCUUUGACAAUCUGGCUCAACUGUGCUCCUUCAGUGCCAGGAGUCCAGGUAACAAUACCAACGACAACAAAAAAAAGCAUUUUCUGACACUGUUCUUUGAUCCAGUCCUCCAGCAGUAGGCUUGCUAUGCAAAUCAUUAUCAAACAAAGCUGUGAAAUGAUCCUUUAUUUUUAGGGACUUCAGAGAGGGCUAAGAUUUUCUUUUUUGGUGUGUGUGAUGUUGGAGAACUGAUCCACACUGAUCCACCACGCAAAUGUUUAAAGGCAUCUCUGACCUUCCUACUGGAAACCCUCACUGUGACUUUGUGACCACAAAAUGGUGGCCAAUCCAAAGAGCUACAGAACCUCUAUCUUGAUGUUCUGGGGGAAUAGGAGUUCCAACGGUUUAGUUACAAAUUACCAUUGCACAGAGGGUUUAAGGCCAUGUCUUCGCACCUCUCUCCUUUGUGUACAUAAAAAAGUGAUUUUAAUACAGCUGGUAUUUCACUGGUUUUGCAUUAGAUCAAAAUGAAAGUGAGAUGAACUCAACAGUGCUUUUCACCUUUAAGAUAUCCUGAUGUAAAACAGUUUUAAAAGUUUUCAUACUUUGUGCUACAUCAAUCUUUGUUGCUGUGACUUCAAGGACAGGUUACUCCAGAAGUAUUGGUGACUUCCUCAUAAAGCACAUAUGCUUCACGUCAGUUUAUUUGCUCUAUCUGAUACUGGAAGCCUACUUCAGUCUUCAGGGCCACAGGAUGUUUUGUAAACUAUAGAAAAUUGAUGUAUUUAUAAGUGACAAAGGCAUCUGGCUCUAAGCUACUAUCCCCUAAUAAAAUUUGUGUAAUUCCUCAGAGGAAUUCAUUAGACUGGCUGGAACUGCACUAAAAAGUAUAUCAGAGUUGGGGUUUUUCACAUGGUUGGUGCUAGAGUUAGUUUGUCCCAGAAAUUUUUCUUUCCUAGUUCCUUGCAGGCCUCAGUGUAUUCAGCUGUCCAAGCGCUCCACCUCCCCUCAUUGCCCUUCAUAGACAGAGCACUAAACAAAGGGGAGCAAGCUUCAGAGUUUUCCUUUUUCUGCCCUUUGUGGUAGUUACCUUGCUGCUAUCCUUUAAAGUAGGCAAGAAAUUGUGAGUGGUGUUGAAAUUUGAGAAGCCUAGAAUUCAAGUGUAGGCAAACACUGCUUUCACAGGGUGAGAUGCCAUCGCUAAGGCACAAGAUACCAAAUUUGUAAGUUUUGUGUACACAUUGGUACACACUUAAGAUAUUGCAAAUUCCUGCACCCAAAUCCAGAGAGACUCAUUCUGCAGGAGAAAGUCUGACCCAGGCAAUUUCAGUGCUGAAGGAUUUAACUGGAAACCAGGCACUUACUGUGAAGUAACUUUAAUGCUGGUACAUCCGAGCAAUUUCACUUCAAAGCUCUGAAGUGACAGCUUAUCUGCAACCUCUACAUGACUUCCCAUUGUUCAGCAGGAGUGGCUGCUGCAAUUCUUGCUUGAAGAGAAGGCUAAAAUGAUCUUUAUGUCUUUAUUCUUUAUUCUGCUUAUCUUUAAAGCAGAACAGUUCUCAAGCAGGUCCUUUACAGUUACAAUAUACAAACAGCCCUUUACAGAGGCAGCUGAAAAUCCUUCAAAAUAGGGCUCUGGUUGCUGUAAUUAAAACUGGCAUUUGAAAAGGUGUGAGAUGAUGAUGUCAGCUAUCUGUGUUCACACACAACUCCUUCCUGAUUUCUUUGACUCAGUGAAGGGCUCUGCUUUUAAGUACUGGUUGUUGUGCUUUAUGAUGCUGCAAAUGUUCAAGGCACAUUUGCUCACAUACUGGUGGUAAUGCUGAAUUUUUGGGUUUAUACCUGGACAUUUGGAGUGGGGGGAGCAGAUAGCAGUUUUUCUGAUAUUAAUUUUGUUCCACAUGUAGUAAUAAAAACUUUCUCAUCUGGC